AUGGAAAAUUCAAUGAGCUGCAAACCAACAAUCUCUUCUUCUAAUGAGAAAACAACUGAUCAUGACAGUUUUGAAGAAGAGAGUGGUUGGACUACGUACUUUGAGGAUUUCUUUGCCCAAAACAAUGAAGAGGAUCAUGUUCAUCAUGAUUAUCAAUAUACUUCUCUCUCAUUAGAUCAUGAUAGAAGUUCUUCUAUAGUCUCAGAUGCUGCUUCUUUGGUUGUGAAGAAAUCUGCUGAUGAACAAGUUGUUGGGUUGCCUAUUGAUAACAGAAGUUUCAAAUACAGUUUAAGUUUCAAGAAAAGAAGGACCAAAGGAGCUUUGGUUGAUGAUGCUUUGGAGGAUACUGCUAGUUCUCCUGUUAAUAGUCCGAAGGUUUAUGAAAAUAUGAUGAUAAACCAAUGCAAAAAGAGCACAAAACAGAAAGAUAACAUGGAAAUUUCACAGGACAAAGGAAGUGCUUCAAUCCAGAUAGAUAAGAGAAGCGAUUUGGGUUUUGUUGUGGGGGAAAGCGACAACACAGAACUGAAGAAAAGGGGUCUUUGCUUAGUUCCUUUGUCUAUGGUAGUAAAUUAUCUUGGUUAA